GAUGGCUGGGGGUGAGGUUGGAGUGACUCUUGGGCAGCCACAUCUUUCCCGACAGGAUCUCGCCACAUUGGAUGUCACCAAGUUGACACCACUUUCACAUGAAGUUAUCAGCAGACAAGCUACAAUUAAUAUUGGUACAAUUGGCCAUGUAGCUCAUGGGAAGUCCACUGUAGUAAAGGCUAUUUCUGGAGUGCACACCGUCAGAUUCAAAAAUGAACUAGAAAGAAACAUUACCAUCAAGCUUGGAUAUGCCAAUGCUAAGAUUUAUAAACUUGAUGACCCAAGUUGUCCUAGACCAGAAUGUUACAGGUCAUGUGGCAGUAGUACACCGGAUGAAUUUCCCACAGACAUUCCUGGGACCAAAGGGAACUUCAAAUUAGUCAGGCAUGUUUCCUUUGUUGACUGUCCUGGCCAUGAUAAUUUGAUGGCUACAAUGUUGAACGGCGCAGCAGUGAUGGAUGCAGCUCUUCUGUUGAUAGCUGGUAAUGAAUCAUGCCCUCAGCCUCAGACUUCUGAACACCUGGCUACCAUAGAAAUCAUGAAACUCAAGCAUAUUUUGAUCUUACAGAAUAAAAUUGAUCUGGUAAAAGAAAGUCAGGCUAAGGAACAAUAUGAGCAGAUUCUUGCAUUUGUACAAGGAACAGUGGCAGAAGGAGCGCCAAUUAUUCCAAUCUCUGCUCAGCUGAAAUACAAUAUUGAAGUUGUCUGUGAGUACAUAGUGAAGAAAAUACCAGUGCCCCCAAGAGACUUUACUUCAGAGCCCCGUCUCAUUGUUAUCAGGUCAUUUGAUGUCAACAAACCUGGCUGUGAAGUCGAUGACCUUAAGGGAGGUGUAGCUGGUGGUAGUAUUCUGAAAGGAGUCUUAAAGGUAGGCCAGGAGAUAGACGUGAGACCAGGUAUUGUUUCCAAAGAUAGUGAAGGAAAGCUCAUGUGUAAGCCAAUCUUUUCCAAAAUUGUAUCACUGUUUGUGGAACAUAAUGAUCUUCAGUAUGCCGCCCCAGGUGGUCUCAUUGGAGUUGGAACAAAGAUCGACCCCACUUUGUGCAGAGCUGACAGGAUGGUGGGACAAGUGCUUGGUGCAGUUGGAGCUUUACCUGAAAUAUUCACAGAACUGGUAAUUUCCUAUUUCCUGCUGAGAUGUCUCCUGGGUGUACGAACUGAAGGAGACAAGAAAGCAGCAAAGGUCCAGAAGCUGUCUAAGAAUGAAGUGCUUAUGGUCAAUAUAGGAUCCCUGUCAACAGGAGGAAGAGUUAGUGCUAUCAAGGCUGAUUUGGGCAAGAUUGUUUUGACUAAUCCUGUGUGCACAGAAGUAGGAGAAAAAAUUGCUCUUAGCUGAAGAGUUGAGAAACAUUGGCGUUUAAUUGGUUGGGGUCAGAUAAGAAGAGGAGUGACCAUUAAGCCGACUGUAGAUGAUGACUGAGGAGUCCAAUUUAAACGAUGCCUUGGGAUGGAGUUCGAAUUUCUUUUACUAGCCUAGGGUAUAUUUUCAAAGCAAUACUAGCAAAUUACUUUCAUAGCUCAUUACCUUGGUAGUAGCUGUAAGACUAUUCUCAUAUUUUGGUGAUUGAAAAUAGGGCCCACAAGUAAAUGUGAAAAGUGGUAUACUAUAUUGGAUUAAAUCUACAUUU